GACCAAAGGCUUACCUUCAUCAAAAUGGAAAGACAAAAACGGAAUAAGGUACCCUACCACACUCGUGGACAAAGUCAAGUGAAAUACCCAGGCCACACAAAAACCUGAGUUAGUUGAUUGUUGCACUCUAAAUGCAGAUUCAGCCUUUAAUAUCAGGCCUGCCCUAAACUUCUAGGUCACUGCUGCCCCUCAUGUGUGAAAGGGACAUUGGUAAUAUUUAAUGUUUUUGAUAAACACAAAGCAGAUUAAGGUCACAUAGGUAAAACAGGAACCUACAUAAAAGUGCCCUGGAAAAGUUGCUGUAAAGGGAGAAAGAAAGGAGAAAUACUGAAACAGUUCGCGGCUCCUCUGUAGAGCUCGACAGUUUCAGUAAUGGCGUCGCUUGAGCAAGAAGAAGAAGAAGAAGAGCGGCAGCAGCAGCAGCUAGAAACUUCAAACUCUUCUGGGAAGCUUCUCAGUACGUACUUGGGCCUUAGUUUCUCCAUUUUCUUGUCUUUCCUCCCGAGAGCUUCGCUAUCGUUGAUACCCACUCUGCAGUCUCGCAACAGGGAGCUGUCAAUGAGGCUUUUGCAGGCGGAGGAGCAGCUGAGGCAGAUGAAGUCGCGCAGGAAGGAGGACUCCAAGGCGAACGCUCGAGUGGUGGAGAUCUUCGCCAGCCACCGCAACGCCUGGCAGCAGGAGGAGAAGCGGCUCCUGGAGCAGAUCGACGCUUCGGCGGAAGAAAUUGCGCGUCUGAGGGCGAAGCUCAAGGAGUGCGAGCAGUUCGAGGCGGAGCUCAAGGGUCAGGUGGAUGGGCUGAGGAGGGAGGUCAGCGAGAGGGACGAAAUGCUCAAUUUCAUGUCGAGGAAGGCUCAGGAGUUCGAGGAUUAUGAUUAUGGGUCGGUCCGCGUGGUUGAGGAAUUGGACGGUGGCUGCGCCGGAGGUGGCGGCGGGCCGUAUGCGUGUGUCGGAGAUAGUGGGGACAUUGGCGGUGAUUGUUAUGGGGAUGUGUCGAGGUUCGGGAAAAUUAGGGCUUCCGAGGGGCUGGAUCCGAUUGCGGACGAGUGUUUCUUGGAGAGGAAUCGGAAUGCCGAAGAAAUUGCUGUCUUGUAUGGGCAGAACAGUUGUUUUAGCUCUGAUAUGCUGCCGUCGGCGUCCAAGUUGUGGGCAGAAAGAGCAGGACUCUGGCAGGACAUACAGUGUGAAUCCCUUGAAUCACUGUAUCACGCGAAGCAUUUUGUGGCAAGAAGGGAAUCCCCUUGGAAAGUAGAUGGUGAAUCGACAGGCAUUGCCUCUAAACUUAAAUUGCUAGAACAGGAACUACUGAAUUUGGAAAGAAUUGGUAAAAGUGAUCUGUCAAAGGUACCAUCAUUGAUGAGGAAGCAAGCAAAGCGAUAUCAAGCCCUUGCAGGGAAGAUUGAUGACCUAUGCCAAAGAAUGCAGGUAAGUGAUCCCUGUGAAUCUACCCUCAGCACUGAGUUCCGAACAAAACGGCAAACAGAGUUUCUUCUUGAAGCAUUUCGACUUCAGCAGCGUGCAUCUGAGACUGGGCAGAAGCUAAUGGCAUUACAAACUGAAGCAGGCAAGGGUUACUCGGGCGAUGAGCUUGGGGAUCAGGCCAAACUUGCAACGAGACGGUCUCUGAACUCCAUCAGAAACAACUUCAAAGAAAUUCAGAGAAAUUUGGAGAUAUGGUUGGCAAGAAUCAUCGGAGAUCUGGAAGGGAUUCUGGCUCGAGAUGGUGCUUCUCGUGUAAGAGAAUACUAUAUGUCCAGAUACCCUUUUGUUCAAUAGAAUAGAACCCUGUGACUGGAAGCCUAGAAUCAUUUCCCCUUUUGUUAAUACAUAUACGUAUAUGCUGAUCCAAGCUAUUAAAGUGGCAGCUAGAUUCCUCGUGGAAAUGAAAGCAUUCCACUUUUGAGUAUGGCAACAGUUAAACUUGUAAUAAUCCAUGUUAGAAAGAAGGCACCGCGUGAAGGAAUCAUACUCCAAUUAUAGGGGCCACUCCAAUUCCCAUAAUGGAAUGCUAUCUGAGCCCCAAGAUAUUAUUUGUUUGGUGACAAAGUGAGAUGGAAUGGAAUAUAAUUUUGCAUAUUCACCAUA